AUGAGCAAGUUCUCUCGCAUCGCGCAGCAAACUCAGCCAGGAGCUGCAUAUCCUGGUGCACCAACCCCGCAGCCACCGUACCCCUCUCAACCGCCGUAUCAGCAGCAACAGCCACAACCGCCUCCGUCACCUUAUAAUCAGCCUGCGGUUCCUCCUCGACCUAGUGCAUCCCCUCAACCUUACCAGCCUCCGCAGUGGCAAGCGCCUCAACAGCAAUCGCAACAGCCGCCGUAUGGUCAACAGCUAGGUGUCCCCCAGCAGCAAGGGGGGUAUCAGUCACCGCAGCCAGCAUAUCAGUCCUAUCAGUCGCAGUAUCAACAACCACAGAAUCAAUACGGACAACAGCAGUACCAGCAGCAACAGCAACCAACUGGUGGAUAUGGAUAUGGACAACAACCUCCAUACCCUGGCGGGCCCUCUCCUGGUGGUCCUCCUCAACAAUAUGGCGGCGGCCCUCCCCCUCAGCAGUACGGCGGUGCUCCCCCUGGUGGCGCCCCCGGCGGCCCGCCUGCUCCGGUUGGUAACGUGGGCGCCUACAAGCAACUUCUCCAAGCCACCAUUCAAGAGAAAGGACUCCAGAAUUUCUACCCACCAGGCCAUCCCAUGCUUGACCAGAUCGCCAACCGCGCCGCUCAACAAGUCGCUCAGUUGGCCGCGGCAUGGAGGAUCUCUCCUGAAAUAGCCUCGGACAUUGUCAAGUUGGCCCUGUACGACGUUAUCUUGUACAUUGAUGACAGUGGAUCCAUGCAAUUCGAAGAGAAUGGAGAACGUAUUGAUGACCUCAAGUUGAUAUUAUCACGUGUCGCAUUUGCCACCUCCCUCUUCGACGACGAUGGCAUUCAAGUGCGCUUCAUGAACUCUCCUGACCAGGGCAACAACAUUCGCAAUGAGCAGCAGGUCAAUGAGAUGAUUGCGCGUACCCGCUUUUCCGGCCUCACACCCAUGGGUCGCGAAUUACAAAACAAGAUCCUCGGACCUCUUGUUCUGGAGAAUGCCCGACGUGGGACCUUGCGCAAGCCCGUGUUGGUCAUCACCAUCACCGAUGGUCAACCUACGGGCGAAAGCUCGUCCGAUGUGGCUAAGAUCAUUGCGGCGGCAUCGAGCGAGUUGGCGCGCAAUCCGCGGUACGGCAAGGGAGCGUUGGCAUUCCAGUUUGCACAAGUCGGCAAUGACCUGAAAGCGAGAGAGUUUCUGGGAAAACUCGAUGAAGAGCCUACUAUCGGUGACAUCAUUGAUUGCACAUCCAACUACGAAGUCGAAGCUGACGAGAUGUCUCGUGCUAAUCCACCUGUCCAGUUGUCCCCCGAACUCUGGCUUAUCAAACUCCUACUCGGUAGUAUCGACUCGAGCUACGACACCAAAGACGAGAAAGCUGGUGCGAGACCUCCUCAAGGUGGCCCUGGCGGCUAUGGAGGACCUCCAGGCGGUGGUUAUGGUGCUCCACCACCGGGACAAUAUGGUGGUGCUCCAGGCGGCGGGUAUGGACAACCUCAAGGCGGUUACGGUGGUCCUCCUGGUCAAGGUGGCUAUCCCCCACAGCAGGGCGGCUACGGCCAGCCUCAAGGUGGCUAUGGAGGACAGCAAUCGGGCGGUUAUGGACGACCUCCGCAAGGUGGACCACAGGGAGGCUAUCCCCCACAACAGGGCGGCUACGGUGCGCCACCACCCCCAAGAUACUAG